AUGAACUUGGUGAUUCAUGAGCUUUCGCUGAGCCUUGUUGUGAAGGUAGCGCUUUGCCAGCAAUAUUGGCCAUCGCUGUCAGCAAGCCCUCAGUUGGCUCUGCGAUCACAGAGAGACGCUGGAGCGAAUGUGAGUAUUGACCAGGUAUUUACGGUGGGAGUAAAUGUGGGUCAAGUGCUGUCUGCGGGCGGAUCGUACAAUGAAACAGCGGCGUUGGAUUCUCUGAACAAUCUACUUCGUGUGGGCGUGCAAUCGUAUGUCGUCGACCUGAACUUUAGCGUUGAACAGAACUUCACGCUUUCUGGCUCUACCAUGAGCUUUGCCACAUUUCUUGCCACGAUACGACAGUACGUGACAGCCAGCAAUAACUAUUUGAACGCUAACAUGCUAGUGCUAUUGUUGCGACCGAACUUUGCAUCUGCACAGUCAGCGUUUAACGACUCGCUCCCCAUGGACCUCCCAAACAUCACAGCCCAGCUGGAAUCGAAUUUGGGGCUCUCGAAUAUCUACAGCACGUUGCAACUGAAUUCUGACCGUACACAGGGUCUUACCGUGGGCUACGAAGGGAAACCAAACACAAAUGGCUGGCCCACUUUGGAGUAUUUUCUCUACAAAGUACAGAAAAGAGUGGUGGUGGCCUACACGGAUGCUAAUUCAUCAGAUACGCUACCGAGCGAUUACAUUUUCGAUGGCUCAGCGCUGAGCUUCGAAAUGUCGAACACAACCGUAUCGUGUCCAAUAAAUGACAGUGUCGAGCUCGCUGGUGUGGCCCAAAAGGGCUGGCGUUAUCUCGAAACUCAAUUUGUCCCCAGUGACAUUCGAGAGUACAUAAUGUGUGGCUACUCUCCCAUAAUACGCAACAGUUUUACUCCACAGAAUAUAUCAGGUAUCUCCGACCUUUUGCAGAAUAGCUUAUUAUGGUCAUGGGCUUACAACGAGCCAAACAACUACGAGACCACGAAGAGUAAUGCUACUUCACUUGUGGCGCGAAGGUGCGCCGUUGUCCACUACACGGCGGUGAAUUCAACCAGCUACUGGGCUGUCGCCAACUGCUAUGAUAAAAGUCGCUCCCUCUGUCGAAACAAAGAGAACAUUUUUAACUGGGUCCUUUCCAAAGAGAACGACGAUUACUUUUCCACACAUGAGGAUGACGAAGAUAUUUGUCCUGAUAACUAUACGCUUGCCCUCCCACAAACACCACUAGAGGAAGCAGCUUUGAAUGCAUACUUUAACAGUUUUGCAUUGGAGGAUCAUGAAGCAUGGGUAGACCUGAAUUCAAUUUCCGUGCCAGACUGUUGGGUCCCAGGUGGACCUUAUGCAUCGUGUCCUUACCAGAAGGAAGUUUCCUCUCGUAACUUCGUCGGAAUCAUAACACCCGUCAGCGUUUUUUCGGCUCUCACGAUAGCUCUGCUGCUGUUCCUUACUUGGCGUAAAGUACCCAUCCAGGACAACAGAAAGCGCUGGAAAAAAAUUGUCAAUAUGCACUCAAGCGCAGAAAAAGAAGGUGUCCCGUCGUAA